UGAUGAAUCGACAAACUUGAACUGCAGGACUCGUGGCGCUGCUCGCCUCCUCGCCAAUGCGAAUGCGUUCUCUGAGGACAACCCGCCCAAGGCUACCAUGGCGAAGCCACGCCACCGCGCCGGCUAUAGACUCACGGCCUGAAGCGAGUUUGGGCGCGACGGCUGGCGAGCCAAGGCGGCGGAAAGUCGUCUGGCGGAGCUCCCGUCUGAGGCGAGCUUGAUCUGGUCAGACAGCUCCGCCACCGAUGGUGUGCUAGAUGGAGGAGGAGGGGCCACCCCCCCCCCCGAACCGCGACAUCCGAGAGGUGCGUGUCGCGGCAGGCGCCCUCUGCUCUAGCACGCGCGGCGAGCUAUUCGCCCUAAGAGCGGUGUUGGAGGAGCUGGCCGGACGGAUGGUACCGGUCGAUAUGGGUCGACCGCCGUCUAUCCCAACGGUAGCGCCAAUCGACGUGGGCACUAUCUACAAGGCAGGCGCGCGCGCGCGACAGGCGCGCCACGGCAGCCGCGCGCGCGACGCUGCGCGCGCCUGGCAGCGGAACUGGCCGGACGGAUGGUACCGGUCGAUAUGGGUCGACCGCUGUCCUGGCUCCGUCCUGGAGGCCGACCGUGCAGUCGUUAUCGACAUCCGCCAGUACCUGCUCUGCAUCGGCCGCCUCCCGAGGCCGGAUGCCCACAAUGCAACGACGUGGAGUGCCCUGCUGCCCGAUGCCGCGUCUGCCGCGAAGAGGCUGGCACUCCACGGUAUGUGCUGCUGCGAUGCGCGGCGCUGGCGGUGUUGCGACAAAGAGCCUCGGCAGCUGAACUGCUUCAAGCGACGUAACGAUAUCUGCCCUCCCCUCCCCUAUCGAGCCGCGUGGGUGUGGACGGACGGGUCGGCAGACGCGAGAACCUGCAGCGAAGGAGCUGGGGUCUACGGGGAGUAGCAGCACGAAUGGACUGAUGAGCCGCGUGUCCCGGCCGGUCCAUUCUGCUGUUCCAGCUCCAGGACCGGCCGCGCCGUCGCCACCCGUCCGGCGUCAGUGGAGGACCGCUCAUCAGCUGUCGAUUUUCAUCAGUUUCGUUUGGAUCACU